GUACUUUUACUAUAUACUUAUACACAGCUAAGAGUACAUGUGUACUUCUCUGAACUACUCGCUGCACUAUGGAUACUUUUACCACAUAAAGCUGAGAAAACAUGCAUACUUGUACUACUUAUACUUAAUGAAGCUGAUAGUACUUCUUUGUAAAGAGUACUAAACGCUGUACUCGUUAAAGUACUCUCUUGUAACGGAAUACCUUCGUGUACAGGUACUCCUCAGAGCAGUACUUCUACACACAGACACAAGAUGGCGGACCGCCGCGGCAGCAGUUUCUCCACAACAAUAAGGCCGAGUUAAACUUCCCCCGGACUUUGAGAAACACUUUCCCCGCCGUGGCCACAGACAUGAGCGGCCUGCGCCGCGUCUGACGGCCCGGUUACCGGCCGCGGGAGAUCCCCGGUGAUGUUCCGGGAGACCGACGCCGGUUAAAGACACUUUGGAGCCGCUGAGCUGACUCUCCUCUGUCAGAAGGAGAGAGACAGGGAGGGUGAUGGAGGCUGCAGCGAUGGGGUCCGUCGGGGGUCUUCCAACAUGGCGGCUGCGUCUUACGGCCAGCUGCUGAGACAGGUGGAGGUGUUAAAGAUGGAGAACUCCAACCUGAGACAGGAGCUGCAGGACAACUCCACCCACCUGACCCAGCUGGAGAGUGAGGCCUCCAGCAUGAAGGAAGUGCUGAAGCAGCUGCAGGGCACCAUAGAAGAAGAGUCUGGAGAGGCGUCUGGCUCUCAGAUGGAGCUCAUCGAAAGACUGAAAGAGAUGAGCCUGGAGUCUGCAGGGUUCAAGCCCAGGUCCAAGGCUCCUCUUCCCCCCUCGUCCUCCUCCAGCUCAGCCUCUUCGGGCUCUGGAGCUCCUGGAGGAGCAGCCGGAGCUCCCUUCCCCAGGAGAGGGCUGCCGCCUGCGGGCAGAGACGGCCACGACCGCUGCCUGGAGGAGCUGGAGAAGGAGAGGUCUCUCCUAUUGGCUGAGCUGGAGAAGGAGGAGAAGGAGAAGGACUGGUACUACGCUCAGCUGCAGAACCUCACCAAGAGGAUCGACAGUCUGCCGCUCACCGAGAACUUCACUCUGCAGACGGACAUGAGUCGGCGUCAGCUGGAGUUCGAGGCGCGUCAGAUCCGCUCCGCGAUGGAGGAGCAGCUGGGCUCCUGUCAGGAGAUGGAGAGGAGAGCUCAGGACCGCGUCUCUCGUAUCCAGCAGAUCGAUAAGGACGUCCUGCGACUGGGAGCCCGGCUGCAGGUGGAGGAAGCUCCGGGGGCGACCGACAGCAGCGGAUUAUUGGCUGCAGCUCAGAGCUCCGGCAGCCGGUUGGACCACGAGCCGACCAAUGAGACGAGCUACUCUGUGCCCCGACGAAUCACAAGCCACCUCGGAACCAAGGUGGAGAUGGUGUACAGUCUUCUGUCUAUGUUGGGGACCCACGAUAAAGACGACAUGUCGCGCACGCUGCUCGCCAUGUCGAGCUCCCAGGACUCGUGCAUCGCCAUGCGUCAGUCCGGCUGCCUGCCGCUGCUCAUCCAGCUGCUGCACGGCAACGACAAGGACUCCCUGUUGCUAGGCAACUCUCGCGGCAGCAAAGAGGCGCGUGCGCGCGCGUCGGCGGCAUUGCACAACAUCGUCCACAGCCAGCCGGACGACAAGCGCGGCCGGAGGGAGAUCAGGGUGCUCCACCUGCUGGAGCAGGUGCGCCACUACUGCGAGGAGUGUUGGAGCUGGCAGGAGAACCAUGAGAGGGGCGUCGACCAGGAGGACAACCCCAUGCCGUCUCCAGUGGAGCAUCAGAUCUGUCCGGCUGUCUGCGUCCUCAUGAAACUUUCUUUUGACGAGGAACAUCGACACGCCAUGAACGAGCUGGGCGGUCUGCAGGCGGUGGCUGAGCUGCUGCAGGUGGACUGUGAGAUGUUCGGCCUGAGCAGCGACCACUACAGCGUCACCCUGCGGCGCUACGCCGGCAUGGCGCUCACCAACCUCACCUUCGGAGACGUGGCCAAUAAGGCCACGCUGUGCUCCAUGAAGGGCUGCAUGAGGGCGAUGGUCGCUCAGCUGAAGUCGGACAGUGAAGACCUGCAGCAGGUGAUAGCGAGCGUGUUGAGGAACUUGUCGUGGCGCGCCGACGUCAACAGCAAGAAGACGCUGCGUGAGGUCGGCAGCGUGCGGGCGCUGACGGGCUGCGCCCUGGAGGUGCAGAAGGAGUCGACCCUGAAGUCCGUCCUCAGCGCGCUGUGGAACCUGUCGGCUCACUGCACGGAGAACAAGGCGGACAUCUGCGCGGUGGACGGCGCGCUGGCGUUCCUGGUGGGAACGCUGACGCACCGCAGCCACACCAACACGCUCGCCAUCAUCGAGAGCGGCGGCGGCAUCCUGAGGAAUGUCUCCAGCCUCAUCGCCACCAACGAAGUGCACAGGCAGAUCCUGCGUGAGCACGGCUGCCUCCCGACUCUGCUGCAGCACCUGAAGUCUCACAGUCUGACCAUCGUGUCCAACGCCUGCGGGACGCUCUGGAAUCUGUCGGCCCGGGACGCCAAAGACCAGGAGGCGUUGUGGGAGCUGGGCGCCGUCGGCAUGCUGCGCAACCUCAUCCACUCUCGGCACAAGAUGAUCGCCAUGGGCAGCGCCGCCGCGCUGCGCAACCUGAUGGCCAACCGGCCGGCGCGCUACAAGGACGCCAGCGUGGUGUCGCCGGGCGCCGGCGCCCCGUCGCUGCACGCCCGCAAGCAGAAGGCGCUGUUCGAGGAACUGGACGCGCAGCAGCUGUCGGAGACGUUCGACAACAUCGACAACCUGAGCCCCAAGGCGGCGCACAGGAAGGGGCGGGGCUGCAACGGCGCCGGGGGGCCCGGCGGAGCCAACGCGCCGCGCUCCUACGCCAACACGCCGGUGCUUUCCAGCCCGAAAAACGGAGACGGGUCGAAAAGGGCGGGCGAGGAGGCGGCGCCGUACGCCCGGCCGGCGUUCCCGCCCAGCGUGCGCGCGUCCAGCGACAGCCUCAACAGCGUCACGAGCGCCGACGGCUACGGGAACCGCGGCAAGACGAAGCCGUCGGCCGACUCGUUCUACUCGUCCGACGAGAGCGGCGCCAACAAGUGCUGCGUGUACCGCAAGUACCCGGCGGACCUGGCGCACAAGAUCCGCAGCGCCAACCACAUGGCGGACGACGACGGCGGCGAGCUGGACACGCCCAUCAACUACAGCCUGAAGUACUCGGACGAGCAGCUGAACUCCGGCCGGCAGAGCCCGAGUCACCGCGAGAGCGACGAGGACGACGAGCUGGACGCCCGGCUGAGGAGGAGGAACGACGGCGGCGGCGACCCGGCGCCCGCCGGCCGCGCGGCGUCCGCCCCGCAGCCUCGCUACGCUGCCGCCGCCGCCAAGUCGAGCUACGGCGGCGACUCGGCGGUCGAGCAGCCGAUCGACUACAGCCUGAAGUACGGCGCCGACGCCGCCCGCAAGCCGCUGUUCAAGCCGGAGGAGGCCGCCGCCCCCUCGGGCCCGUCGCCUCCGUCCUCGUCUUCUGGCAAGCUCCGCCCCCCUCCGCCCGCAGCCAAUCGGACGGUGCCGAAAGGCAACCAGGAGAUGACGCAGACUUACUGCGUGGAGGACACGCCCAUCUGCUUCUCCAGAGGCAGCUCGCUCUCUUCGCUGUCAUCGGAAGACGAGGAGGAAGACGGCGACGUCAUCGGGCGGAAGAGGCGGAGCCGAGGCGGCGGCGGCAACGAUUACCCGACGCUUCCCGUCGGCGAGAAGGAUGAGCAGAGGCAGCAGAAGGAGGCGGAGAGCCAGACGGCCGCCGCCGUGGCCGCCGCGGCCGCCGCAGCCUCCGCCGCCUCGGCUCCGUCUUCGCGAGGGAGGCGCGGUCACCACCACCACCACGGCCACGCCCACCACGGCCACGCCCACCACCAGGUAGCGUCGUCGUCGGGCGCCAGGACCCCCAAGAGCCCCCCGGAGCAGCCGUACGCCCAGGAGACGCCGCUGAUGUUCAGCCGCUGCACGUCGGUCAGCUCUCUGGACUCGUUCGCCACGUCCUCCAUCGCCAGCUCGGUGCGCUCCAGCGAGCCGAGCAGCGGCAUGCCGAGCGGCGUGGUGAGCCCGAGCGACCUGCCCGACAGCCCGGGCCACACCAUGCCGCCGAGCCGCGCCAAGACGCCGCCGCCGCCGCUGUCGCCGCCGCCGCCGCAGAGCACCAAGGACGAGGAGAAAACCAAGAAGAAGAAGAAGGACGAGGAGGAGGAGAGCGGCGCCGACGUCCUGCUGCACUUCGCCACCGAGAGCACGCCGCACGGCUUCUCGCGGGCCUCCAGUCUGAGCGCGCUCAGUCUGGACGAGCCGUACAUCGCGGCGGAGAUGAAGGGGAAGAAGAAGGAAGAGGAGGGGGGGCGCGGCCAGGAGGAGGGGGCGGAGCCGAUCCUCGGCGAAUCCGACGACGACGACGACAUCGAGAUCCUGGAAGCGUGCAUCAACAUGGCGAUGCCCAAGUCGUCACGGAAACCAAAGAAACAGCAGCAGCAGCAGCAGGCGGCGCUGAGGAAACCCAGCCAGCUGCCCGUCUAUAAGCUCCACCCACCUCAAAGCCGCGGCCAAUCACAGCAAAGGAAGGACGCGCCUCCGCUGUCGGAGGAGAUGCCGAGAGUUUACUGUGUGGAGGGAACGCCGCUCAACUUCUCCACCGCCACCUCGCUCAGUGACCUCACCAUCGACUCGCCGCCCAAUGAGGAGCUACCUGUAGCCCCGCCCACCUUCGCCCACAGGAGGGGGGCGGGGCUACCCGAGGGCGAGAACGGCGAUGACAUCCUCGCCGAGUGCAUCAGCGCCGCCAUGCCCAAAGCCAGACCCCGAAAACCGAUCAGAGCGUCCUUGAACACCGAGCACCUCCAAGCCCCGCCUCCUCCUGCUCUGGCCCCGCCCCCUCUCGGCCUGCAGCAGCAGCAGCAGCAGAAGAAGAAACCGACGUCGCCGGUGAAGCCGAUGCCGCAGCGCGCGCCGCACGGCGGCGCGGCCGCCAAAGCCAAGCCGGGCUUCACCUUCGACUCGCCGCACCACUACACGCCCAUCGAGGGAACGCCGUGCUGCUUCUCGCGCAACGACUCGCUGAGCUCGCUCGACUUCGACGAAGACGACGGCGGCGGAGAGAAGGACGAGGAGAAGAAGACGAGGGAGGAGGAAGGCAGGAAGAGGAAGCAGCAGACGGCGGCGGUUUUCCCUCGAACGAAACCCGCCGCCAACGCCACGGCGUCCGACGAGCGUCAGAAGUUCUCCAUCGAGGACACGCCCGUCUGCUUCUCCAGGAACUCGUCGCUGAGCUCGCUGAGCGACAUCGACCAGGAGAACAACAACAAGGAGUUCGCCCCGCCGCCCGAGCGCCGAGAGAAGCCGCCUCCUCCUCCUCCUCCGCAAGAGGAGUUGAAGCCCCGCCCCCCUGCGGCGAGCUGCUACGCUCCCCGAGCGUUCCACGUGGAGGACACGCCCGUCUGCUUCUCCAGGAACUCGUCGCUCAGCUCGCUGAGCAUCGACUCGGAGGACGACCUCCUGCAGGAGUGCAUCAGCUCCGCCAUGCCCAAGAAGAAGAAGAAGGCCGCCGCCGUGGCCACGCCCCUUCCUGGAUCCAAAGCCGAAGAUUACAUUUUGGCCGAGGAGGAGCCUUCCGAUGCUCCGAGAAGCCCCGCCUCCCCCGACUCCGAGACGUUCGAUUGGAAGGCGAUACAGGAAGGAGCCAACUCCAUCGUCAGCAGCCUGAACGCCGCCGCCGCGGCGCCGCUGUCCCGCCAACCGUCAUCUGACUCCGACUCGGUUCUCUCCCUGAAGUCGGUCGGCUCGCCGUUCCGCCUGCCGGCCGCCAACAACCCCACCAGAGACGAAGACGAAGAAGAGGAAGAAGAAGAGGAAGAAGAGGAGGAAGAAGAAGAAGAGGAAGUGAAGGAGGAGGCGGCGCCGAUGAAGCAAGGGGCGAGGAUCCUGAAUGCCGGCGAGCGCACCACGCUGGAGGCCAAGAAGAAGAAGGAGGCGGAGGAAGAGGAGGAGGCGGAGGAAGAGGAGGAGGCGGCGAAGGCGCUGAGAGGCGGGAAGAAGGUCUACAGGAGUCUGAUCACGGGGAAGCUGAGGGCGGAGCCAGCUGCCAGGGGGCGGAGCAAGCCCAGAGCGGCAGCCGUGGCCAAAGCUCCAGGAGGCGUCGACGGCGUCGACAGAGGAGGCGGACCCUCUCGGGACUCUUCCGCGACGUCCAAUCAGAAAGCAGGGAAGCUGCUUCAGACGCCGCGCACGGCGUCGCCAGGAAGCGCCUCGUCGUCUUCGUCUUCGGCCUCCAGGCCGGCCAAACCGAGCGCGGCGGCGAGGAGCGGCGGCGGCAUCCCGAGGAGCGAGUCAGCGUCGAGGGUGAGCGUCUCCACGGCGCCCAAGAAGCAGAAGGCGGAGCCAGAUAAGCAGAAGGCGGAGCCAGAGAAGCAGAAGGCGGAGCCAGAGAAGCCGGCGCUGGUCCGCCAGUCGACCUUCAUCAAAGAGGCGCCGAGCCCGACGCUGAAGAGGAAGCUGGAGGAGUCGGCGGCCGCGGCGGCGUUGGACUCGCCGCCGAGCCCCGACGCACCGCUGCCGUCGGCGACCAGGAGACACGACGCCAACCGCUCGCAGUCCGAGAGCCCGUCACGCCCUCAGGAGGCGACGGCGUCGAGGAUCAACCGCACCGGCACCUGGAAGCGGGAGAGCGGCGGCGCCGGAGGCGGAGCCGGCAAACAGUCGACGUCGCUGCCGCGCGUCGGCACGUGGAAGCGGAGCGGCAGCUCGUCCUCCGUGCUGUCGGCGUCCAGCGAGUCCAGUGAGAAGGGGCGGAGCGAGGAGGAGAGCGGCGUGCGGCUGAAGGGGACGUGGAGGAAGGCGAAGAGCGGCGGCGAGGCGGCGGCCGGGCGCGUCGCCGCCGAGGACGUGUGGGUCCGCCUGGAGGACUGUCCCGUCAACAACCCGCGCUCCUCCUCCUCCUCCGCCCGCUCGCCCAGCGCCAACGCGCCGCCCGUCAUCGACUGCCCGCCGCCCUCCAAGAUCCCCUCUUCCUCCUCCUCCUCCUCCUCCUCCUCCAACCUCAACCUGCGCCAAAGCUGCGAGAGCCUCGACGACAAGCCGCCCGAACGCCCACAGCAACAACAACAACAACAACAGCAGCAGCAGCAGCAGCAGCGCAGUCAGCAGCGGAGCGGCGCCGUGGCGGCUCGCGUCAGCCCGUUCAACUACACGCCGAGCCCGAGGAAGGGCGACGUCACGCCCGCCGCCGCCUCCACCACGUCGUCCUCGUCGACGACCCCCACGCGACCUUCGCUCAUCCCCACCCCUGUCACCAAGAACCGGGAGCCGAAGGGCGGCGAGGGCGGCUCGUACAUCGUGACGUCGGUGUAGUUUGGCACAAAAUGGCCGCCGCGGUCGGAGGAAAUGUAAAUAAGAAGAAAAGUGAGAACGUGUUUGCUUGUGGACUGAACUGUUCAGGAAGUGAGUCUGUAUUUAAGUGUUAGCCCCGCCCCCUCCCCCCCAUUGGCUCCUCUCACCUGCCACUCAAGCAAGGUUCUUUAUUCAAGGAGAGAAACACUUUAAAAAUGAACUUUUUAUGUUUUUAUACCACUAAAAUGAUGAGUAGCGCUUAGCUCCGCCCCUCUGCCUGUGAUCCUGCAUGGCCACGCCCCCUUAACGAUGCCGUUACCAUGGUGAUAUAACAACGAUGAUGAUGUUUCUGUGGCGUUUGAAGACGAUUCUGCUCUUCGGGAAGUUUUCUUGUUCUUUUUUUCCUCUUUGGUUCUGAAAACAAACUAUUGUUUCUCUCCUGUCGUCGGGUAGAAAGUAAUUUAUUCUCUCCGUGUGGAGACGUUUGACAGAUUCAAAGUUUAACGUUAUUUGAAUAAGUAACAGCUGCUCCCGACUCGUCACACGGCGUGAAGAUGGAAUGAUUUAGUGUCCCGGCUGCCGGUCGGAGGAGUCCUCAUAACACUGUACGUAAGUUAUUGCUCCUGAUUUAAGAAGAAGCUUGGUCCUCGAGGCGACGGCCUGUCGUUGUUAAAUGAUCAAUAAAUUCAACAUUUUAGGUGCAAAA